CUUCCGCCAUUGCGUUGAAAAUGGCGGCUGGGGUCGGUAACGGUUGCCUCCGACGCGGGCUGGCGUGAUCUGCGGCGCUGCCGAGGGCCCAGUUUGGUCGACGUUCGGCAAGCAAACACUGCGGGCGGUGUUUGAAGAUGGCUCAGAACUCGGCGUCUCUGUCGGCCGGCGAUCAAGCCAACAGGGUGGCCUACCGGUCAUCCCAGGGAGAUCUCGACCAGCCUACCACGGCUUGGGCGAUGGUCUCCGGAGACAGCUUCCUGGUGACCAGUCUUGAACCGAAUCAGGCAGGAUCUCGCCCGCCAGCGCGACCCAGCGUUCGGACCGACAGACGUCGAAUGUCCGUCGGUGGCCGCAGCCGAAAUCGCCAAGGCAGAUUCUCGCCUUACCCGAUCCCUGGCGUCAAGCUCGACCUCUUAAGAAGUGUGCUGCAGCAGCGUCUGGUUGCCAUGGGAACUGCCCUGGCAGCCCGCAUCUCGGCGUAGAACAAAUACCUCUCCUCCUCUCCCGUAGCGUGCAAACAAGGCCUCUCUGAAAUCAUUUGUUGCUGUAACGGCAGUUUUAUUUUUACUGGUGUAUUUUCACCGAGGUUGGCGGUUUAAUAUAGCCUAUCAAAGUAGAGUUUGGCUGGGCUUAGUGACACACGUUUUUAAUCUCAGGAGACGGGCUCUGAGUUCCAGGCCAACCUGUUUUAGCUAGUUUGGGGGUGUCUUAAUAGAGAUUCUUCUGGGGCCAAGAAGGAUGUAGGAGGGAUUAUCUAAAUGACUGAAUGUAGUCUCUUGUCCAGACUGGUCGAAACCUGCCAUGUAUUAAGGAUGGUCUUGAAAUUGUCCUUCUGCCUGCCUGUGCCUUGGUAGGUGCUGAGAUUUACAGGCGUGAGCCACACACCCAGCUUGAGUGACAGUUACUCAAUACAGAAUCCAGCUGUAUCUGAUUUCCACAACCCUCCCUGAACUCAAGCUUUCUUAACUAUCUUCCUCUUUACCUUAGACUGCCCUUCAAUUUGUGUUAGGGAAAACAAAUUAACACAUUGCUUUAUCCUUAACAUCUUUCCUCACCACCUCACAGGGUCCCCCUAGCUAACCCCCCUCCCACGUGCUCCGUUUUUCACUAACGUCUACAGACUUCAUUUUUUUUUCCCCCCUCAGGGUGUCACUCUGUAGUCCUGGCUGUUCUGGACCAACAAAGUUUCUGCCUCCCAAGUACUGGGAUUAGAGGUGUGCCCCACCAGUUCUGGACAGACACGCAAAGCACAAGUACUAUUCCAAGUUAAGCCAAUGUGCAUACUCUUCCAAAGACUUCAAAUGGAUUGUUAUAUGUGUCAUGUCAUUAACUCCAAGUUUUUGUUGUUGGUUUUUGUGUGUUUGUUUUUCGAGACAGGCUUUCUCUGUGUAGCUUUGAAGCCUGUCCUGGCAUUAGCUCUUGUAUACCAGGCCGGCCUCAAACUCAAAGAUCCGCCUGCCUGUCUCCCAAGUGCUGGGAUUAAAGGCAUGAGCCAACACUGCCCGGUGUGUCUUGUCAUUAACUUCCAAGUUUAGUGUGAAUGCUGCUACAAAAUACUGGUGGGGCCUAGGUUGUGUCCCAGCCACUCCUUAUUUUUCUGCUCACUAUGAUAACCUGAAGUCUUUUGUCUUUACUCUUGAGUCCUGGAACUUAGGGCCUUCCUGUACUGCCCAGGAAGGUCUGGAACUGGAAAUCCUACCUAAGCAUCCCUAGUGAUAGGUGUGUACCUAGCAGCAUGUCAACUUCACACAUCCCUGCCCUCAAGAGCCAUGAAUGCAUUCUGAAUGGAGAAGCUAAUAGGAAAUGGCCACACUGUUCACUAAAUGUAGUAAUGCGGUUCGGUAUUGGUUGUGAUUGCUUCCCAUGAUACCUGUUACUAUGGUUAUCUUAGGUGGCUGAUCGUUCCUAUGCUGUUCCCCAGAGUAGUACUGGGAAAAAUUUUGUGGGAUUUUUGUUUUGUUCUCAGACCCUUGUCUAUUCAGACUCACUUAAUUGAGAUACAGCAAAGUCACCAUAUACUACACAGUGAUAGAACCACAUCUUAAGAUGAGAAUUUCAGUAGAGUGAUUGGUACAGGGAGAAGAUCAGAAAUCGAGCUAAAGGAAGGAUGCUGGCAGAAUAUUAGCUACUUUUCAUUGAGUGUGGCAUUGUGUUAGAGGCAGGUGCAGCUGAUUGAAUUAUUCUGUGCCUGCUGUUGUCUGCAUUGGGCACUUAGAAUGAAGUAGCGAACAAGAUACAUCUGUGGCUUUGCUCUUAUGGCGCUUUAUAGUAUGUAAGCAUAUUGAUGUUGCUGGGGUAGUCCAAGGUCAUCCAGCUGAGGUAGAACUUGUGGCCUUUCAGCCAAGGUCCUUUAUCUGAACCAUGCAACACAGACACAGCUUGGGGUAGUUACUUUGACAGUUUUUCUGAAGAUUAUUUAUUUGAAACAGAGAUUCUUGGUGUAGUUUUGAAGCCUGUCCUGGAACUCACUCUGUAGACCAGAACUCAAGAAAUCCUCCUGCCUCUGCCUCCUGAGUAUUGGGAUUAAAGAUGUUCACCACCACCGCCUGGCUAAAGAUAAUUUAUAACAAAAUUAUCACAGAUACCUGAAAGGAAGUUAGCUGAGCUUUAAUCAGAAGUCAUAGUUGAGAGAAUUCCACUUAUAUGUUAUGGGUUUUAGACUGGAGAGGGAUAGUGAAAUGAAGCUUGAAGAAGUAGCGCAGUCCCAAAAGUUAGAGAUGUCUCAUGUUGGACAAUACCACCUCCAAAGGCAGGAAGUUAGCUACCAGAGAGUUCAGAAGAGGCUGAAUCCUGAGUUUAUCAAAUGCUUUGAGUGCAAAGUAGGGCUAAAGGACUUCAUGUCUUGCCCAUUUGUCUAAUUCUCUACUAAGAAGACAUUCUGUUGAAGCUGAACAUUGGAAAGUAGGGAUUAAGAAAUUUUAUGAUUAAAAAGGAUAGUACCUCAGCAAAUGAGGGUAUAUAUAGUAUGAAAGAGGGGGCUAAUUAAAAGAUAAUGACAGGCUAAGUACUCAUCCACCUUGGAGGUGGCUUGGCAUUAAAUUGUUUAUGGAACAUAUCCUACCUGAGAUUUGUGAAUGAAGAAACAAAACCUGUCAUGAAUACCUAAAAGUGCACUUGGGCAAAGGAGGACCUGGAGGGAGUUGUCUUUAUUUCUGUUCUGGUGUUUAUAUGGUCAUCAGGAGUCUGGAUCUGGUUGGGUAAUACUGUAACAAGGUUUAUUGUGUUUCCUUGGGGAAAAAAGAGCCUUCACAUAAACUCUUGUUAUUUUAUGUGAGAGUCAAUGGAUGCCAAAUCCUUGUUCUUAGUAUGUGGAGAAAUGUGGAAGUUAGUGUGUCACAAAGACUAUACUGUGAAAUCAGGAACCAACAUAAACCUUUGAAGUUAGGGGGCUGGAGAGAUGGCUCAGAGGUUAAGAGGAUUGCCUGCUCUUCCAAAGGUCCUGAGUUCAAUUCCCAGCAACCACAUGGUGGCUCACAACCAUCUGUAAUGAGGUCUGGUGCCCCCUUCUGGCCUUCAGGCAUACACGCAGACAGAAUAUUGUAUACAUAAUAAAUAAAUUAAAAAAAAAACCUUUGAAGUUAGCUGAAAUGGAUAAGUCAGUGCUGCCAAAAACAGACUGUGUCAUUAGGCUCAUGCACAGAGUGAGUGGCCUUGCAGUGCUGAUCUAUGACAUGAGUUCUAAGAACAGUCUGGAAAGUUAGCAUGUCUUUAUAAGCACCUGGGGUUAAGUAGCUGUAUGGCUGUGUUGAAGUGGGCUCCUUUUAGAAUGCUUUCUGUAUAGAAUUAAAAUUCUAAAAGAACAUUCAGGAUAUUACAAGGAGGCCAGUGGGGCCAUUGAGAAAAGGUAGAAGCUUGUGGGAAGCCUGAAGGACCUGAGUUUCAUUCCUGGAUCCCACAAUGAACGGAAGGAGCCUGCUCCCCACAAUUGUCCUCUGAUCCCUAUGCAACAGCUCAUGUGCAUACACACAUGCAGGUACAAAAUAAUAAAUGAGUACUAAUUUUUUUAAAUGAGACCAUUGAAGGGACUAGUAACAAGAAGACCAAUGAGCUUUUUUUCCCCUUAGUAUUAGAUGGUAUUUAAAGAGUGGGUGUAGAAGGAAAGGUAGGGGAAGAAAGGAAGGAAAUACAAGAAAGAAGAGUGAUCAUCUGAAGACCUCAGUGUCUUUCUAGCCAAGUCUCACACAGUUCAUUUUUCCAGACCCCAUUAAGAUACAUCUUUGGAACUGAGCUGUGGUGACCCAGGUCUUUAAUCCCAGCAAUCAGAAGGCAGAAACAGGAAGAUCUCUUGAAUUCAAAGCCAGCCUGGUCUACAGAGCAUAUUCCAUGACAGCCAGGACUGCACACAGAAACCCUGUCUCGAAACACAAGAUGCAUCUUUGGUCUUUCCAGUUUCUGUAAAAAUUGUUUUCUUUUUGUUUGUAAAAAAUGCAGAACUUUGAAUAUGGCUCCGAUGCCCCGACCUUUCUGCCUCUCUCUGUUCAUUUACAAGGUCUUUCUUCCUCAGCUAAUAGCCAUGUCAUUCCUCAAGUAAUCGAAUGUUUUGUCCCUGUGAUGGCUUCCACUCCCCGACCUGUAUGUAGCUCUACACACUCUCUUCUCACACUCUUCCAUUUCCCUCCCUCCCCUUGUCACAACCACUCAGUGUUUCUCAGUCUGUUCUCAAAUCCUUCACUAGAUAUAAAAGCUACUGCUUUGGAAAUGAUGCAAGGACAAUGAAUUUGGCAAGUGAUACAUGUUUUAUGACCUUAGGUCACCCAAUGUGUGACACACGUUAAAAGUUCAAAUAGCUUCUUCAGAGGAAGGCACCACUUUGCAUUAUUUGAAGCAGUGUUUGACAGCUUCUCUGAACAUUUAUUUUUUGCAUAUUUCAUUCCCAGAGAGAUACUCUUCUGCAAGAAUAACUGGAGACACUGCUAAUGUUUUAGCGAGAUACAUUUUCUCAUAUAUUGAAAAUUAUAGAGUGGGGAAUAAGUUUUCAAAGUGUUCUUGGACAAAAAGUUUGGUCAUCAAGGUACAGAAACCUAAGCUGUUCUGCACAGGAUUGACCUGUACCUGUCAAUGUCCUGUUGGGCAGGUGGGGGCGGGGGGACAAAAACACAACUGCAGAUCCCCAGACACAGGAUGGAGACUGAUGUUAAUAAUGACAAUGUCUCUCCAUGUAGACAGGUAAGCACAGUUAUUUCUUGGGGAUACUAUGAUUUUUUUUUUUUAAAAAAAAUAAUGAUUUAGUUGGACUUUUACCCUGGAAUAUCUGAGGGCAGCGCUCCUUUAGUCAGCACAUCUAAAUCAGAAAAAUAUUUUGCCUUUGGGUUCUCAAUCACCUCAAAGUCCCUAGUACAUAGUGACUAAGAACUUGCACCAUUCAACAUAUAUACGUGUGGCUUUCUGUGAUCUCACACAUCUACAUUGUCAGGUCCUGUGGUCCUCUGGGUGGCUGUUCACUUCUGCCGCACACCUAGCUUCCCUCAUCCCCUAACUAGGUCACCCUUUGUCUCCCUGUUAAAUUAAUGAUUGAGUCUACAGUGGAAAACCUAAUUUUAACCAGGCUAAACUGGAAGUAUACGAAACUGAAGAGUUGGGCAAGUGUGAUAAGUAUUUGAUACUGUGCCUUCCUAGCAACUCCUUACCCUCCAUCUUUGGUUUUCCUGUCUUGGAGCCCACCCUUUGUUCAUGUUAUAAUGCUUCACACCCAAAUCCAGGGGCAGAUGCAGUCUGUUCUGUUUCAUCUAAUGUAAGUUUUUUGGAGACAUUCAACAUGCCUACUUUUUUUAUGCCUAUAAAGUCUGCCCUAGGAAAUAGUGCUUCUUUAGUGAAUGAAUGAAUAGACUUUAUAGACAAGCUGGGCAGUGGCAGCCCAUGCCUUUAAUAUCCCAGCACUCUGGAGGCAAAGGCAGGCGGACUCUGUGAGUUCAAGAUCAGUCUGGUCUAUUAGAGCUAGUUCCAGAACAGCUAAGACACAGAGAAACCCUGUCUCAAAAAAAAAAAAAAAAAAAAAAAAAAAAAAAGAAUCAUAGGCUAUUUCUCCUUAGAAUCAAAACUGAAGAAGGAUGCCAAGAAGGCAAGGGCAGUAUUUUUUCAUUUUAAUUUAGCAUGUGUAUGCAACACUUCAUGGCAGCUGUGUGGAGGUCAGAGGCCAUCUAUCCAAGUCAAUUCUGUCAUACCACAUGGGUUCCAGAGAUGGGACUGGUACCAACUACCUCUUGCCUAUCAAACCAUCUUGCUAGCCAUGAGGACAGUAUUUUGUUAGCACUUUGGUAUAAGAUGAUCUUACUGGAGUAGAUGUGUGUAACAUUAAAGCAAAUUAUGCUUUAAAGUUUGCUUCAAUUUUCAACCAAACUGUCUCUGAGACUGUAAUAAAAAGAUCCUAACCCAAGAUUUCAGCUGGCACUUAUGCGUGUGAAUAUUUACAACAUCUAUCAUUUUUGUUAUUUAUAAAUAAGAAAAGUGGAGGCAUGGAGAACAUUC